AUGACACUAGAGCCUGGCAAUGUCCCAUCGAUUGCAGAUGUGGCAGGCCAGUGCCUCACUCGUUUCCAGCAAUGCUUGCAGCAGUCGGCAUUGAUUUCAUCUCAGGAGACGGCCCUAGUGGAGGACCAACUUGCCAGAUUUUCUCUCUGGGCUGCCGGUAUUGGCGUUUUUGUUGGAGGGCGCGCUUCUCUGGAUCACCGUCUAAGGGAAGCACAGGAGGUGCAUGACGUGAUUACCGGGCUUUUGGAAACACUAGAGGAUCAAGUCGAAGCCUGGUCGGACGCUUUGGGUUCAAUCAAGAGACCUCCAAUAUCGGAAUUGGAGACUACUCCCGAACCCGAAAGAAAAGCGAUACCACGGCUGAGACGCGCCGUUGCUGUUCAAAUAGCGCUCCUUCAUAGACUGUCAAACACGAUUCGAAGAGCAAGCAGUGAGACGCAACAUGCCAAAGUGUCUAUAGCAUCUAUAAUUCGGGAUGAGGAAGGCAACGAUGUGGAAUCGUGCCUGGAGAUCGUGUUUGCAAAUUAUAUUCGCGAUAAAUUCCGCAACAUGGACACGAAACUCCUGGGUCGGAUGGUCUCCGCGAUGAUCCUCCGCCGAAAAAGAAUUCUAUAUAAGAGAUCUCGUUUCAGCCACGGUGCGUUGAAAGUCCCAUCGGCAACCCCUCUACCGAAAGCAACACCGCCGCCGAUGACUGCGGCUCAACAGACGGCUAUCUCCAACCCAGAAAUUUCGUCAGCAUCACCUCCAGCUCCCGCUGAGCUCCCAGAAAAAUCACAGACGGGAUUUAGCGCAACCACGCUAGCGGUCGAAAAAUUUGUAAAGGCUUCUGCUCCUUCUACAGUUUCCGUUGCGAAGACAAUAGCACUAAGCAGCCACGAAGCACUGCCGUUCCCGGUGGCGCCUCUUGGGCGAGUGAGACAGAGAUACAAAAGAAUGCGAAAAGCACGAGAGGAGGAGUACAGACUCUACCUCCAGUAUUUGUCCGACGGAUUCGCAACCCAGCAAUCACCAUCCAGUAUUGAUGGCUUGAAGAGGAAGGCAGAAGGGAAUUUGAAGCAAGAUCUGCAUACGUAUUGGGAUUUAUGCGUCGACGCAAUUGGAGAAAUAACAUGUCCAUUCUGCUUUUAUGCUAUUCCGGCGCGAGAGAUGCAUAAUGAUGCCAAGUGGAAAGCUCAUGUCAAGAAUGACUUGGAUGCAUAUGUUUGCCUCUUUGACGAAUGCGACACACCAAAUCAGCUAUACAGCCACAAUGAACAAUGGCUGAAGCAUAUGGAAGACCAUGCAUUGCGCUGGCGCUGCAACUCGAAGUCUCACGGGCUACUAAUUUUCCACACGCGAGAUGGCUACAUAGAGCACAUGCGACAGGCUCAUCAGGGGGCUUUCAGUGAAGUCCAGCUUCGUGUGCUGGCUGACAGGAAUGCGCGAGCUGUUGAUCCACUUUUCGAGUCAUGUCCAUUCUGUGGCUCCACCGACACUCCGCAAGGGGGCACGAUAAUGGAACACAUUGUUGGCCAUUUGAGGUUUCUUGCUCUAAAGUCACUACCACCUUACCAAGAUGAAGGGUCGGAAGCUUCGGGUGGUGAGAGCGCUACCACACAAGCAUCAAGGGCCCGUAACAGGAGCACGAUAGACAACGAUCCGGAUAGAUUUACCCUCUUGACCUUCGAGGAUAAGGCUCCCAGCAUUGAAGAAAAUAGCCCGAGCGAUGAAUUCAGCAAUCCUGGUUCGGAGCGUCUGAGCGACCUUGCCAACACAUAUAAUAGGGCGCCGUUACCCAACCUCGAGAGCUCAGGUCCAAUAGAGGAAUGGGGCAACUUCAGUUAUGGCCCUCCAGAAAGCAAUUACCCACAAGAAAGUGAGAGGCAAUUUGAAUGGGGGUUUGCAACAGCUGGUCUGGAACUAUACACGGAUUUCGAUGACCCAGUGCUUCGAGAUCUGUCUAACAAACAAAUUCAUCCAUCACCGGUCAUGGAUCGAUCUCAACAAGAAGUCAAAACAGAUGAUACUGUCGACGAUCAUAUACAUAUUGUGGAUGACAUCCAAGAUGACAAAGCAGGCGUUCCGAUGAAUGAGACACUUCAACAGCCGUCGGCAAACUCUGACAGUGACCGGCCGUCGGACACCAAUUCUGCAUCAAAAGCCCAUCAAGAGGGCGAAGAAAAUCUGAGCCAUACCGGGUCAACUAGUGAGAAGCCCUUGGGAUUUAUACUAUCAAGACCUGUACAAGGGGAGGAUCGGCCUGGGUCACCAAAUUCACUCCUGCCCGUGGCAGAUGCACCAGAAAGUGACGACACAAGUCCGCCACCAUCGCCACUACAUGGUGAUCUUUCUACAGUGGGCCAUAAGGAUAUCACUCCUAUGCAACUUUCCGGGGAGCUAUCCCCGGUCCAGCCCAGAACCUCGAGUCUAUUCUGGUCGACAGCACACCGGUAG